GUUUUUUGCUCUGACCCGUGCUGACCCCUCCGGGCCUCCGUAGAGACACUGAGCGCGUGAGGGGGCGGAGGCGACAUGGCGGCCAAGGUGGUGAAGUUGGCAGCAGUACCGGCUGCUUUGGGUUUGGCCUCAUUCCGAGUUUAUGCCGUGACCGAGGAAAAGACGCAGGAGCAGAUUUCACCACGAGAGUUGUGUAUCUACAGCGCAGAGCCUCCAGCGCUGCGCUGUGCAGAGGAGAAACCGGGACACCUGGAGACAGGCUUCGGGCUGAUGAGGGCAGGGCUUCAGCCUUACGUCAGAGCCGUGCAGAACACUUGCACCUCAAUCAAAGUCGGCACCAUUUCUUUAUACCGAGCGGGACAAGACACGUAUCAUUUCCUGAGGGACCCGCCCCCUGGCUUCCUGCCCAGAGUUGGUGUAAUCACUGUGUCCGGAUUGGCUGGCCUCAUCCUGGCACGCAAGGGCUCUCGACUCAGGAGAAUAGCUGUUCCUCUGGCGCUGAUAACGGUUGGCACGGCUGUGUGCUACCCCACGUAUACUGUUGGAGUUGCGAAGGUGACAGGAAAAAGAGUGUACGCUGCCGGUUCUUCGGUUGCCUCCGCGCUCAAAUCCAAACCCAAAGAGGAAGGCAUUGUUCCUGACACAAGCCUGAAGCAUGCAGCAGAAGAAGUUGCCCCUGUGCCAGAGGUUUCCCCAACUGUAGAUGCUGUCACAGAAAUUACCCCUGCUUCUCCAGCUGUGGAUCUUGCCCAGGCAGAGGUUGUUCCUCUUACCACUGUGCCUGACUUGGCACCAAAGGAAGCUAUUCCAUCAGAGGUUGUCUUGGGUGUAGAGAUUCCACCUGUACACACAGGUGUAGAACUUGCCCCACAAGAAGAGACAACUACCCCUGUCUCUGGGGAUGUUGCCCUUGAAGCAGUUACAUAUGUGUCUGAGGCCGUUCCAACAGAGAAAACACCUGUUGCAGAGUCUAGUCCCGUGUCUGAGGAUUCACCAGCUGCAGAAGUUGGGACUGCUCUGACUGUAGAAGCUACGCCAGUUGUUGAAGAUUUCCCUUCACCAGAGGAACCUACACCUUCACCCUUUGCUGCAGAGGAAGCUGUACCCCCCACCGCUCCAGAGAUCACAAACGGACCUCCAAUCAAAGAGAAGCCGCAGUUUGUUCCUGACCCGUCGUUGUUGGAUCACGGACAGGCUCAUCCCGAAGAUGCCGACUUGUACAGCACCCGGGGAUAAACGGAAAACCAAAUGAACCAGCGAAUGAGUAUGAGAAUGGAGUGGGUGUGGAGGGUAAGAAGGAAGGAUUAUGGGUUUAUGGUUAUCGUAUCGUACUACAAGUAUUCUUGCCGUCGUCUUUUAACCUCAAAAAGACACAACGUGAAUCCAGAGUUGUCCGCUUCUAAGACCGCACAAUCGACUCGGCAACACUUUCUUUGAUGCCAAAUAAUUAAGAUACCUCGUUUAAACAAAAUAAGAACGUAAUAGAAGAUCGGAAAACCUGUCUGAUGUGAAUCUUUUAAAAGUAUGCAAUUCAAACAGUUGCAUCUUUACACACACACACACACACACACACACACACACACACACACACACUUCUCUGACCUCGUUCACAUCGAGUAGAAAUCGAGCCAUUGCUGUUUAAUAGUGUGAAUACCUCAUAUUUUAAAAAAAAAAAAACGGGCAACAAAACUGACUUCGGUACCUUUUUUGAUUCUCCAAACAGAAUGUGAAGAUUACUCUUUGGAACUAAACCGUUUCGGGCCGAUGUUUUUCGCUUCACUUUGUCGGUUGAAGGGCAGUAAGGUGUGUACCUUAUGAACUCUGAACCAUUACCCCCCCCCGCCCGAAUCAGCAGAUUUUGCAUAUCGAGGUGAUUUUGUUGUCAGUUAAGAAAUGAAUAAAUA